AUGCGGACCCACCUGUACUCUGCCUUCGUGGACCUGACGAAAGCCUUCGACACGGUGAAUCGUGAAGGACUGUGGAAGAUCAUGCAGAAAUUCGGCUGUCCGGAGCGAUUCACUCAGAUGGUGCGUCAGCUGCACGACGGUAUGAUGGCGCGAGUCACGGACAACGGAGCUGUCUCAGAGGCAUUCGCAGUGACCAACGGAGUGAAGCAGGGCUGUGUGCUGGCGCCUACACUCUUCAGUCUUAUGUUCUCUGCCAUGCUGAUGGAAGCCUACCGCGACGAACGCCCUGGAAUCCGCAUCGCCUAGAGGACGACGGUCAUCUCCUGAAUCACCCCGCGUAUCCACAGCCUACCGUGCACGAACUUCACUUCGCCGAAGACUGCGCCCUGAACACCACCUCGGAAGAAGAGAUGCAACGCAGCAUGGACCUGUUCUCUGCCGCUUGCGAGAACAUUGGGCUGGUUAUCAACACGCAGAAGACGGUGGUGAUGCACCAACCUCCGCCCAAAUCAGCCAGAGCCCCCAACGCUCCGCCGCACAUCAACGUGAAUGGGACGCAACUGCAAGUGGUAGAGAACUUCCCGUACCUGGGAAGUACCCUAUCUCGCAACACAAAGAUCGAUGACGAAGUUGCCAACAGAAUCUCGAAUGCCAGUCAAGACUUCGGACGCCUCCGAAGCACAGUCUGGAAUCGCCACGGUCUUCAACUGAGCACAUCGCUGAAGAUGUACAAGGCCGUCAUUCUGCCGACGUCACUGUACGGAGCAGAGACAUGGACGGUGUACACGAGGCAGGCACGUUGA